AACAUAUCCAGAGAUAUGAAGGGACAGUUUUGGGGCCAGAAUAAGAAUUUACUUUCUAUAAUUUUAAACAUGUCCUAAUUUCCUUUAUUUCCUUAUCUUCACUUACUGUUGUGUCAUAGCCUACCCUACAUUAUGACUUAGACCUUGAUAUGUAGAAAAUACAACACUUGGCAGAAAAUUUUCCUCUUUCCAUCUACUAAUUUUUUUAUUAGUAUAAGUUUGCUUUAGUUAGGGUUGGGUGUUGGCUCGUAGUCUUUUGGGGUAGGAGAGAAAAAUGACAAAGUUAAAAUAACUGUCCCACAGUCAGGGUAGAUAUUUUAGGAAAAGAGUGAAAAACUAUCCCUCUUUUGUGUUUUCAGGAAAUGCAUUUAGAAGACACCACCCGCUUCUGUCCAAAGGAAGAAAGAGAAAGUGAACAAACAUCUUUCAGCGAUCAAAAUCCCAGGCAAGACCAGAAAGGGGGCUUUCGCAGCUCCUUCCGCAAGCUCUUUAAAAAGAAAAGAUUAAAAUACAUUUGUGUAUUCAAAUCACAUGAAGCUGUUGCCCUGUCAAUGAUUUUCUUCAUAAUUUGGCACCUACGACAAAACAGGGAUUUCCAACUUAAGAUGAUUUGUCAUUUUUCCUCCAUUUUGGACCAGCCAUCCUGAUCUGACGCGGCACUAGUACCACUUGAGCAAAAUAAUUUGCUUUUGCUGAGCUGUCCUGUGUAUUGUUGGAUGUGGCCACUAACCACUAGACGCUAAGUAUCUUCUCCUAGUUGUGACAACAGAAAUUUCUCCAGACAUUGCCAAAUGUCUCUUGGGGGUCCAAACUGCAGCUCACUGGGACCCAAUGAUCUCAAAUAUACCUUUCUGUAUAUCUUUACACUCUGCCAUGUGCCUGGGUUCCUUGCCCUACUAUAAAUUUCACAGAUAAAAAUAAAACCCAUAGGGCUGGAGAUGUAGCUCAAUGGCACUGUGCCUGU